AUGAGCCAAAAACUCCGGUCCCACUGCCUCAUCCUGCUCCCUUCUAAGCUCUUCUCCACCGACUCCUGUAUAAGCCGGCUCAGAUCCACCGAAUUUUUACCGAAAUCUAAUUCGUCAGCAUCGAUUGCGACCACGUAUAUGAGAAACGGGCGGGACUCGAAUUUCAUGUGGGUCCCGCUUCCUUGUUACACGUGGCAUCUUACAAAGAGCGUCUCCUCGAAAUCGGCUGCCCCCUGGGACACACGGGAAGGCAUCGUCUGGACGGCCCCGUCCCUGUUCUCCUUCUUACGCACGCAUACGGAUAAGCGGAGGCCGUUCAUCGAGGCUGGGAGAGAAGAGACAGCUCAGCUUUUGCAUUCCGAUGUGGGACAGGGCGCGAAUUGGCUUCCAAUUCCAAAUUCCUUUCUUUUGCGGCAGUUCUUGCUCCGUGGGUUUGUCUGUCGAGCUCUGUCCAGUUUCGAGCUUCGGCCGGGAGCGCCACGGGGAGAGGGACAUGCGGCGCUGGCGGGGCUGUCUAGGGUUGAGGGCAUUUUCGUCUUUUAUGGUGUCGGUCUGAAUGGCUGUGCGGGAGAGGACGAGAGAGGCCGUCCGCCGGGUGGUGGUGUGGGAUUGGUAGAGGGAGUCGCUCAGGGCCUCGAGUUCUUGGAGGAUCUGGACUUCAAUCAAAGAGCUGGUCUCCGCUGCACUGGGAUUGAUGACAUUAUGAUCCCGAUUAGUGGUUGUGUUAAGAACAGGUUCACUAACAGGAGCUAUGCUAUGGAUUUCAGUCUGGGGAGUGGGAACAACACUGGGGGUGGACAUUUGUUGGUUCUUCGGUGA